GGGAAGGGUCAGAAUUCGCAAUCCCGACGACGUUGGCCCUGUGCGAGUCUCGCGACCUUUUCACCCGAAUUCGUAUUCUCCUCGUGAUGCAGUUCGCAUGUAAUCCUUGAGAGUCCUGCAUUGUCUCCCUCUUCGCGGUCGCAUUUGACAGUUCUCGUAGUCGUUGAGAGGAGAGUUCUCACAGAGGUGGAGUAGCGCUUGCGAGGGAAAUGCUCUUAUCUUGCGGUUUCGUGUGGGGGAGUGAGUAAGGUGGUGAGAAUCACGGUGUUGCUCUGCGACUUCGGUGCUUUCUGGAGUGUGUUCGUAUGCGGAGGAACAGUUUACAGAUCGGUGAUCGGCGACUUGGUCUUUUGAGUGUAGUUUCCCAGUAUUUUUGAAAGUGAGAUUAUAGCGGGGUCUGUUGGAGCUGUCUUUGGCACUACUCUCUUGGGUCCUUAGCAUGUGAUGUGAAAGGUAGCAUUGAAUACAGUCAGGUAAGUUGAGUGCUGGCGCCGUUUUUCUCGUAAUUGCCUUUCGGUGUCGUUGGCCGGAGCUUUCUGAAGUAUUUGUAAUUAGCGGACAGCGUGUGUGAAGCGCGUCGCCGUGCUGUCUCCGGUCUCUUUCCGGACGAGCUAAUUCUACAACCAUGUUCGCUACCAGGCAAUCCAGCUUCGGUGAUGAGAACAAAAGGGGCGAUGGCGUCAAAGCCGCUGUUGCAUCCAAAGCUCCCGCUGGAAUUGGAGCUCGCAAUACUAGGGCAGCGCAAGCCAGCAACCGCAGGGCCCUUGGGGACAUUGGCAACCUCGUCGGUGCCAUGUCUGUCCGCUGUAACGUCAGCAAAGAUGGCGUAGUGGAAAACGCCGUCGUCAAGCCAGCUGCAUUGCAAGCCGAGGCUAUCACACGCCCCAUUACUAGGAGGUUUGGAGCCAGUCUUCAUAACCAGCAAGCCAAUGCGAGGGUUCCUCAAGCUGUGCAGGUCCCCGCUCCCUCUGAGGUUGUGAAGCCAGAGCCUAAAAAUGCAGACGAUGUGGCUGCAUGGGGAGCAACCAAGAGGCGCACGACACUGCCCAAACCCAGGGAGACUAGCACCGGAACUACGGAAGUGGUGUCUGCGGAGGCACAAGCCGGGCUAAGCAACGCCAGUGUUGCGGCCAGCUUGCCUGGAAACCCGGCUCGCCUAAAAGCUCAUGCCCGUUCCAAGGUCGUGAGAAAGGAGAAGGAGCAGACUCUCACCGCCACUCUGACCGAGCGUAGCGAGAUAGCACGUCGUGUUUUCGAUGCUGAAAUGCAAGAGGCCGAAGAGCCCGUUCCCAACAUCGAUGAGCACGACGUGGGUAACCAGCUCGCUGUGGUGGACUACAUUGAAGAUAUAUAUAGCUUUUACCGCAAAACCGAGGUCCAGAGCUGUGUGCCGGCAGAUUAUAUGUCCCGCCAAUCCGAUAUAAAUGAGAAGAUGCGUGCGAUUUUGAUCGAUUGGCUUAUCGAGGUACACUUGAAGUUCAAGCUGAUGCCAGAAACAUUGUUUCUGACAACCAAUUUAAUCGACCGUUAUCUUUGCGUCCAAAGUGUCUCCCGCAAGAACCUCCAAUUGGUGGGAGUGACCGCAAUGCUGCUUGCAGCCAAAUAUGAGGAGAUAUGGGCUCCCGAGGUCAACGACUUUGUUCACAUCUCUGACAACGCUUACACGCGGGAGGAAGUUCUCAACAUGGAGAAGAACAUGCUCAACACUUUGAAGUUCAACCUGACGGUGCCAACACCCUACGUGUUCAUUGUCCGGCUUCUCAAAGCUGCCGCAUGUGACAAGCAGGAGAAGUCAUCUCCCACGCAGCUCGAGAUGGUCGCCUGGUUCCUGGUGGAGCUUUGUCUCACCGAGUACCCCAUGAUCAAGUACGCUCCCUCUCAGCUGGCGGCUGCAGCUGUAUACACUGCUCAGGUUACCCUGGCUAGGCAACCCCGUUGGGGCCCUGCUCUUCAACGCCAUUCUGGAUACUCCGAAGCUCACAUCAAGGAGUGCGCAUGCAUGAUGGCUACUUUGCACAGCAAAGCCAAUGAGGGAAAUCUGACUGUGGUGCACAAGAAGUACUCUCUCGCGAAGCUGCUAGCCGUAGCAAAGCUUCCCCAUGCCGCCUCUUUGUGUUCCCCGCAAACCAGCAGCUGACAAGCCGGCUACUGAAUUCCACCUCAAGCUUACGCACCCGCUCUUGUGGUACUCUUAACCACUGCCUGAGCUACAACUUCAGGCCUACGCAGUAGGAGUAGUCAACCAUCCCAGUAUAUCCGAUUCUCCGAAUCUCAUGGUGCAUCUGGGCCCCUAGUUGCGCCUGAGUAGAUUAGGCCGCUCAGCUGAAACUUCCAUCUUCUGCCGGUUAAGUUGGCAAUGUUAGAAGUCUUCGGCGAGUCCUAGCGUAGUAGAAGCAGAAAUUGAAAUUCCACGGAGCUGCUUCAAUGCAAUUUGGAUCGUUCCUCUUACUGAGAUAGUCCAUGUGGCUGAUAUGUGUAGUCCUGUUAGCCGCUAACUGGAUGCAACUAACUCCGAAACCCAGGAGGAAUGAAGGGAGGGAGUAAUCCUACUAUAUUAUUAGUUGCAGCCACUCGCUGUACAAAGCCCGAAAAUGAUGUGGCAUCUCCGCCACCCUCAAUGACACUGAAAUUUUCAUUUUUGUUAUGAUGAUAUUCGUUGUAAUUAUGAACUUUUGAAAUAAAAAUAAAACAGGCAUUUGUCCGAUCAUUACCACUGCAGUGACGGUCCAAAAGCCUAACUUAAACCAAA